AUGUGGACCUCGGGAUCGCUGGCGUUGCUCCUCACUUGGGCCGCGUGUCCCGUGAGCGCGCACCGAAUUGCCCGAGAUGAGGCGCCAGGUGCUGAAGUCGAGAAGUUGCAAAGAAGGGUCGAGAAGUUGGAAGGGGCAGUGCAGAGGCUCUCUGCAGAGCAGCAGCUGGCCGAGAUGAACAUCCAAGCUGAACGGGACGAUUUCGCCAUGAGGCUGGGGCACCUGGAGUCGAAGCUUCGAGAGCUGGAAGAGAAGAAGGGGGACGAGGAGACGACAGUGGCAUCUCCGAAUACUGAGGAGUACGAGGAGGAGGCCGAGGUACCGGUGGCUGGAAACAAAGCUGACCUGCAACAGAAGCUGGAGGAGGCCGCUGCCGAGGGGCACGCUGCUGAAGUGGUCCGGUUGAUGAGGAUGGGCGCGGAUGCCUCUAUGCGAGACGAAUCUGGCCGGAGCCCCUUGCACUGGGCGGCUCGUGAAGAUCAAGCUGCCUCCGUGGAAGCCUUUGCCAGCGAGGGGACGGACUUGGAAAUGAAAGACGAUCAGGGUAACACGCCGCUUCAUUUGGCCAGCAUCUUCGGGAAGGCUGCUGCAGCCAGGGCACUGUUGACAGCUGGGGCGGACGCGAAUGCAAAGAACCAGCAAGGCUUGACACCAAAGGAGCUUGCAGAGAAGGCCAACUUGUAUGGCGACCGUGCCGCCAUCAAAGCUGCAUUUGCCUAG